UCACACUGCAUUUCACUCCAGAGAGAAAGAGAGAGAGAGAGAGGUGGAAGUGGUGUUGCAGGAAACUCAGUGCACCUUCAUCAUCAUCAUCAUGAUGCACGAGCUGGAGGCAGAAACAGCAGCACCUUUAGUGUAGACUGGAGGAUUUUGCCACAGCUGCACACAUGGGCACUGAGCGGCUCCCAGGGAUAUUUUAAAGGAAAAGAGGUUUCCGCACCAGGUGCAGAGAGGAGGAGAGGAGAGGAGAGGAGGAGAGGAGCUGCUCUGCCGUCAUGGCCGGCCAGGAGUGGACUGACUGGUUCGAGCGGGAGGAACUGAUCGGGCAGAUCAGCGACAUGCGAGUGCAAAACCUCCAAGUUGAGCGAGAAGUUGUUCAGAAGCGGACCUUCACAAGAUGGAUGAAUCUACAUCUGGAGAAGUGUAAUCCUCCACUGAUGGUACACGAUCUUUUCUGUGACAUCCGAGAUGGGCGGGUUCUCAUGGCCUUGCUGGAGGAGCUGUCAGGAUGCAGGCUGCUGCAUGAAUUCAAACCAUCCGCACAUCGCAUUUUCAGGCUUAAUAACAUAGCCAGGGUAUUAGCAUUCCUGGAGGAAAGAAAUGUAAAGCUGGUCAGCAUCGAUGCUGCAGAUGUCGCUGAUGGCAAUUCGUCCAUUGUGCUUGGGCUUAUCUGGAAUAUCAUCCUCUUUUUCCAGAUAAAAGAGCUUACUGGAAACAUAAGGAACCAAUUCCCGUCCUCUUCCAGCCUGUCGUCCAUCCCAACCAGCUCGGACUCGGACAUGUCACAGUCCAGCACGCCGUCAGAUGAUAAGAAGCCUUCUGUCGUUGCCAGGGAUCAUGGAAAAGCCAUAAAGACACUCUUGCACUGGGUCCAGAGACGUACCAGGAAAUAUGGUGUGGCAGUCCAGGAUUUUGGCAAGAGCUGGACAAGUGGUCUGGCUUUUCUUGCUGUCAUCAAGUCCAUUGACCCCAGUCUAGUGGACAUGAGGAGAGCUCUGCUCAGGUCAUCCAGGGAGAACAUCGAAGAGGCCUUCAGGACGGCACAUUACAGCCUGGGCAUCCCACGACUUCUGGAGCCUGAAGAUGUAACCCUGAAUCGUCCUGACGAACAGUCCAUAAUGACCUACGUGUCCCAGUUUCUGGAGCACUUUCCAGGAAUCGAGGAGGACGAUCCCUCUGAUAUCCUGGAGAGGAAUAAGGUCAGUGCGCGGAUGAUGGAGCCGCCGGUUAAGAAUGGAGUUGAGAGGAAGAGAGAAAAGUCCAGUGUAGUGAAGAAGGACUGGGUUCAGCCUACACCCAAGAUCUUUAUCUCCUCAGUAGUUAAAGAUCAAGAACAAAAACGAUCUCCUGUCCCACUCCAAACAGUAGAUGACCGACCUUGGGACAGCGAAGACUCCUCAGUGGGUUCGAGCCCCAGUACUACCGAAAAUCGGCCUCCGAGUCACCCACUGAGCCUGAACAAGGACGCGUCCUCUCCCUUGAGCUCCCCUCAGCCGUCUCUCAAUGACUCGGCUAUGGAUUUUCCAGAAUCAUGGGCUGAGACACCUAGUGAGCUUCCACAGUCGUGUAGCAACGACUCUCUGAGAGAUUCCACCUCAGCAGGCGAUCUGACCUCACUGGGUUCUCCAAUGGAAUCAGAGAAGGGCCUGCAAGAUCAGGUAGAUUCAGAGUUGUUCAUUGAUGAGGGAAACUUCUCGCUCAGCUUAGAGGCUAGAUCUGCAUUGCUGUCUGAGGAGGAAGAUGCUUAUAGGUACAUUUUAGAUCUAAAAGAGGAAGAAUGUGCCAGUGAUGUGCCUAAUAAAGAAGUCAUGAAAAACUCAAAUACACAGGAAACGUUUCCCGACACAAAUCCAGAUAAACCGACAUCAUCUUCUGAUGCUUGCAAUGGGGACGGUGACUCUGGGUACUAUCCAGAUCAGAAAGAUAUCUCCACACCUCAACCAGAUGAUGACAGCAAGAAUUUGCUGUCCCCUGACUCUAAUAAACCCAUUACUGUUGUUGAAAAUGAAUCGGAGAACCUUGCUGAAAACUGCAAAGAAAGUCUUGCGUCUUCCAGCACUGAAGACCUCCAGAAGGUCUCUACUGAAUCAGAUAAAACGAAUGUGUUUGAGGAUGACCAAGAGUGGCCUGUUGUCCAGUUUGAGAGGAUUUCCAUUUCAGGCAGUGAAGAGGAUGUUGAAGAACUUGGCGCAGAGUUGCAUGAAGGGCUUCUUGAUGAGGAAAUGGAGAGAAACCAGAUACCAAGUGUGUUCAGUGGCAGGAUGGAGGAUGGUGCUGUAGAGGAAGAUCACGGUUUUAGAAAGCCUGAAGAUAUAGAUCGGGUGCAGGACAGUCCAAAGCCAGAAGAUAAAGCAGAUCAGAUCAGUAUUGAACAUGGGCUUCUUCAGAUCCCUACAGAUAGCAGCCAGCCUGGGGCAACAGAUACUGAGGCAGAGAUCCAAGAGAAAGAGGAACAGAAGUCUGGCACUGAGGAUUCAAGCAAAACUGAGAAAGAUUUGACUGAAUCCUACCAACAGGUGACGGACAGGCUGGUGCAGACGAACAUUCCUGAGGUUGAAGAAGAGAAGCCGAAAUCCAGUCCUGUAAACCAGUCCAAGAAAAUUGGUGAGAACGUCACCAGUGGUGAUUUAAGCCUUGUUCAUGAGGACAUCGUUGCUCAAAGCAAGGUAGAAGAUGAGCUAAAUGCAACCCAAAGUCUUCCUGAGACUGAAAGUAUUCCUAAAAACGGGACCAAUGAAGAUGAGUGCAUGAAAGAAGACACCUCAUCCAGUCUGCAAAAUAUCAGUAUUUAUAAAGCUACAGAAGAUGCACUGACUGAGAGCAACACAUCUAUGUCAGUAUCUGCGACCUCUCCGAGUAUCACCCUUGUAUCUGACAUCCCCAUACCUGAGGCCUUGGACGAGCCAAAUCCUGGUGCUCCAUCCUGUGAAGAUGAGCAAUCCUUCAAGCCUCCGACACCCAGCAUAAUAGACCAGCCAUAUGAGAAUGCGAAUGAAGGACAGGCCACUUGGGAGGAGACCAAGAUUCUGGAUCCAGAGCGGGCAGAGAGGUACCGUGCAGAGCUUCGGCUGUCGCUCAGCGUGACUCCUCUGCAGCCUGCACCCUCGCAACCUGUGCUUACUGACUCUGACAGUGCGCAGGAAAAGGUUGAUGGGAUUGUGGAGUCUCCGGGACAGAGUCCGUUUGGGCUUUGGGUUGCACACCCAGGAGAAUGGGGUCUGGUGGAGACGGACCUGGAUGCAGAGAUCGAGCGCAAUAACCGAGAAGAACAGAAAAAGAGAGAGGAACAAGAGAACAAAGAUGCCACCAUUGCCAGAGAAAACACGGACACACUGAGGGAAGAAGCUGCUGCUGAGCAAAGCACUGAAGAUGAAAACCAGCCGUCGGCAGUUUUGAGUGGACCAGAGGUGGUGGAUGUGAAGGAAGUGAAGUCUCUUGUCUUUCAGCAACCCAGAGAAAACGGUGAAACGCCUGCUGCCACCAUCACAGCAAAUCAUACAGAUGAAAGGUGUGUGAUGUGUAAUAAGAAGGUGUGCAGUCCUGCACGGAGUCCACAGCAUGCAAAUCGCCCAGAGCUCUCCGAAAUGGACUUCCUGCUGCUCAUGUGGCUCCUCCUCUACUGCCUGUUCGUCCUGCCUCACAUGGACAUACGGACGAUUUCCCGCUUCCUGCUCAACCUGGACGAAUAAAACCAUGGGAUCAGAUUAACUCUCACAGGAUUAAUUAAUGCAGGAUCCCGCUCGCUUUCUUCCACAGCUCACAUAUGGUGGAAUGAACAUUCCAGGAGAACUGACAGUACAUUGCCAUAUCUGUACAUUAUAAAUCCUCGUGCGCACGCAUGGACGAAUCGAAGGGGGUGUUUACUGUUGUGGGUUUUUUGCAUUGGCUGCCAGGUUGCCAGGUUUACAGCUGUUCUCUAGCCUACACACUGCAUCUUUUGGACAUGAAUGCUUUAACAAGUUAACAAGAAGAUUAAUAUUAUCAAUAAUAAAUGAUCAUUUUUGCAGUUUUGGCAUUUGGUAUGGUAAUGCUUAUGAUGUCUGACAUUUCGACUGUGUGCUUAUUUUGAGCUUGCAUCUGAAUUGCCAUCGCCAGUAAGGCGUUAUUUGAUAUACCACCUGCAUUCAGGCUUUUGUUCCCUUUAUUUUGUGCGAUCUGAGAUCAAAUCUGGCCCUGGAUGAGAACUCUUCCAAAUGAGACGUAUUUUGGAAUGAAGUUGAAGGAAAUCCUCUGAAUUUUAUUGACCCGAAUAAUUAAUCGAGUAAUGAUGGACAGAACUGUCGCUCCAGUGCUGAAAUGUAAAAUUGUGGUUAUAAAAAAUGCCAUGAUUGUGAUUUCUAAUGUUAUGUUCCUGAUGUAAGGCUGGAUUUUAAUUUAACCACCAUGAUUUUAUUGGAUUUUUAAAAUGUUAUUGAUUUUUAAUAUUCUUUUUAAAAGUCAUUGCAUUUUCAUUGAGGAUUACAGAAAACGAGAAUCGAGUCUUUUCAAGGCAAAUCCACCCUGAAUAACGUUCAUAUCAAUAUUUAUAAUCAGCAGUACAAACUUAAGUCGUGUCUGCGUUUUGUUCACAUCCAUUUCUUUCCUCAGCUUUGCUUUACAGGCUGUUCGACUCCUUGUGCCAGUGGAGUUUAGUCCUUGCUUCAUAUCUGCAUAAAGACCUUGAUUUGAUGCAGCGGUGCUUUACUGGUUUAGUCUCUACAACUCUCUCAUCUGAACGCUAUUCAAACUCAAACGGGUCAGCGUCCAAACCUUCAACUUUCACAAAUAAUCCCUGGUAUCAGCACCAUUGCAUCACACUCUAUCGCUAAAUAUCCAAGAUGAGUUUGUGUGUCGUGCAGCUGCAUUGCAUUCUGGGAUUUUAAGUCUCCAUUAAUUCUAUGUUGGAUUUCUUAUUAAUUAAGAUGAUGUGUAUAAAAUGCUGAGUGAAAAAAGAAGCUCUGACAGAGGUUUUUUUUUUUUUAGAUUUGAGAUCGCUGUUAUAACUGCAUUCAAAAUGUGUCUGUGACCUCAGAAUGGUACAAAAUAAUGAAAAAUGCAACACCAGGUGACAAACUGGCACCGGAAUCACAAAUAUUUCAAUAUGAACAUUUAAUAAGCUUCAGGAUAGAGUUUUUCUUUAAAAUUAUGAGUUAUGAUCGAACACGAUGAAAUGUCAUAUCUGAUUCAGGUUUUCAGAUUAUAUUUAACACUAAUAAUAAUAAUAAUAUCUUUAAUAGCAACACGUGCCUAAAUGUUUUUUUUUUCCUGUAAAAUAAGAAUAUCCUGAGUGGUCCUCUUAAAUACAGCCGAAAUAAAUUUCAGUUAAAAUGCACUUUUUCCAGAAUCCAUGACUUCUAAACUCUUUGCGAAUAAAUUUCGACGGUGUCUCACUGCACUUUCCAGAACACAAAACACAAAGCGCCGCCAAAAAGAGCCACCAAAGAUUUAGUUCGACACUAAAGUAAGUCCCAUUGCUCGGAGGGGCCGAUGAAAGCUGGAUUUCACUAUUCUUUUAAUAAUGAAGUAUUUCUAAAGCGACAGACGGAGCUGUCGUUGGAUAUUUGUGUGUAUAAUUAUUUUAUAGCAGAUAAAUCAGUCCUGUCUAUACUGCUCAGUUUGACCCGUUGCUUUGGGUGUGACUGAUGGCUUAGAAAUAUUCGAUUAUUUUAGUGAGGUCUAUAUGUAUUUGGUAUUAUAUAAGCCAUUUCAAAGGAAGUGCUUUUUUUUUUUUUUUUUUCUUGUUGACACAUUGUUUUUGUUAAUUUUCCUUUAAAUGAUGUGUAGAUAAUCAUUUCCUUAAUGCUGUACGUCCAAACACUGAUGAAGUUCAGUUGGACAGAUUUGUAUCACUUACAGAACACCAAUUGCAAAGCUGUGUGCGCGCGCACGCGUGUGCGGGGCGUUGAAGUUGCUGAAAUACUGUACGUCUUCUAUCCUUGACAUGUCCAGCAGUCGCAAAAGGCCCACUUCUCCAAUCUCUGCAUGAGAAUUUUGUAGUUGUGGGACACGUUUUAAGUUUUGUAAAGCUAUCUAUCUGGUAAAUCAGUACUUCUUUUGUAUUGAAGAUCAUUGUGCAAAUAAAUAAUAAAUAAAUGAAUAGCCUCUUAAAACAA